UCAUUUCUUGAUUUAGAACCAUUUUAAUUGCUUAUACGGUUAUACCAGCGCAGGCUUAUUGUUCUCUGGACAGGCUAUUACCUACUUCAGUUUUUGAAGUACUUAUUAGAAUUUAUUGAGUCCCUGAAAGAUGAAAUGAAUGUGAAGUCAACCAAAAAUUACUGAAAGAAGGAAACGUUCUCUUGAAAUUAAUUACUCGUAAUUAAGUAAGUGUUUACUCGGUGUCGAAGAUCUGUCGCGAGGGCGACCGCUCGAGAAACUGUUAAAACGGAAAUGCGCCUGCAUUGGAGAUCACAUCCGGGCUGCAACCGCCACGAUGAUGAAGUUACGUGAGCAUUUGCAAACGGCUUGCAAACUGCUCGAGUCUGAAAUUUCUGAAUUUUCCGCACUCUGGCUCUGCAGUCUGCAGUAGAAAACUGAACAAAUCAAAUAGACAUUUGUGAAAUUUUAAGAUCUUUUUGAUUGUUUUUCUCUUGUCGACUUGCCUGUCGUUUUUUUUCCAGCACGGCUUCUUGAAGCUGGAAAUUCCUGGAAUUACAAUGGCAACUAAGAAUCCGGCUUCGUCGAUCGUUCGGGAACAGGGCAAACCCGCUGCAGGAAUUGUCAGCUGCAUCCAGAAGUCAUUAGCCAGCGGUGAGAUGAGUGAUGUGCGAUUCGCGGUGGGACGACAGUUUGGCACCGCUAAAAUCUUCGCAGCCCACAAGUAUAUCUUAAGUAUUCGCAGCGCGGUGUUUCGCACCAUGUUCCAUGGGAGUUUGCCUGAGAAAUGUGACGAGGCCAUCGAUAUUCCUGAUUUUAUUCCCGAGGCCUUCGCUAACAUGCUCAGCUACGUGUACACCGAUUCGCUGGAGAACCUCAGUCUGGAAAAUGUCUUCCCAACGCUGAACUGCGCCGACAAGUACGAUCUACCAGAGCUUGUGCAAACUUGCACAGACUUCAUUACUAGCCGGCUUACUGAAGACGACAUUCUGGCUACUCUGGAACAGGCGAUGCACUGGCAGGCGGAUGAUGUUACGACGAAAUGUUGGCAGUUGAUUGAUUCCAAGACAGGCGCCGUUCUGCAUUCGGACCAGUUCACCGACAUCGCUCCCCGGACGCUGCAAGGGUUACUGCAGCGCAGCAGUCUUUCGGCUGAUGAGGAGUACGACAUUUACCUGGCUGUGGAAAGGGAAAAUAUAUUGCGCCAGUUGUGGUCCGACUUAUGGGCCGCGGCUGCAUGCCAACGCGCCGACAUGGAGGCUUCGGCCGCUAACCGGCGCCAAGUACUGGGAGACGCUUUGUUCCUUAUCCGUUUUCCGCUUCUGUCCAGCGCCCAGCUGACUUCCGGUCCCAUUAAGGAUGGUCUCCUUAACGACGCCGAGGUGUUGAGCGUGUUGAUGUGCCAGACCGGCGGAGCGCAGUCAGCGCUGCCCUUUUCCACGGAGCGUCGCCGCGAUGCCCUGAUGCGGGCGGGCUUCAAGGUGGGCGAGGAGGUGUUUGCGCAGAGCCCGGCGGGUUACUGGUACUAUCCUGCCAAAAUCAAGGGAUAUCGGGCUGCCCAUCUCCUGCUGACGUGGUGCUACAACGGGGAGGAAGGCACAGCGAUGCGCUGCGAUGUGAUGCGCGCUGCAGCCGUCCUAACGAAAGGCCAGGGUCUGCAUGCUUUAGUGGAGAAGGGCUACUAUCGUCACGCGGUGUAUGACAAGAAAAUGCCGGGUGGUAAGCACUGCGUCCUCUUCAACCGUAAAGAAGUGGUGGUGCGCUUUGAGGAGCUGAUGCUGGCGACUGACGCGGAAUACGUGCUGGCUACCAGACAGAUGUCGACGGCAAAGCCCAUUGGUUCAUGGGGUUGAGAAAGUGGAUUGUAACGUCGUAACCGUGUUUUUAACCUGUUUCUGCUGCUCUCUACUGAUGCGGGUUAUGUUUUUUAAAUGUGAAUUUUUGUAUUAUUGACAGUCAGUGCUGCUUUGCAGGUGAUUCUUUAGUGAUGUGAUGGAAAUUAACAAAUGUGAAUUGCUUAACGGCAUUUGAACACCUCGG